CCUGUACUGUGUCCGCAGUCUCUGGUCAUCCCCUGUACUGUGUCCGCAGUCUCUGGUCAUCCCCUGUACUGUGUCCGCAGUCUCUGGUCAUCCCCUGUACUGUGUCCGCAGUCUCUGGUCAUCCCCUGUACUGUGUCCGCAGUCUCUGGUCAUCCCCUGUACUGUGUCCGCAGUCUCUGGUCAUCCCCUGUACUGUGUCCGCAGUCUCUGGUCAUCCCCUGUACUGUGUCCGCAGUCUCUGGUCAUCCCCUGUACUGUGUCCGCAGUCUCUGGUCAUCUCCUGUACUGUCUGCAGUCUCUGGUCAUCUCCUGUACUGUGUCCGCAGUCUCUGGUCAUCCCCUGUACUGUGUCCGCAGUCUCUGGUCAUCUCCUGUACUGUGUCCGCAGUCUCUGGUCAUCCCCUGUACUAUGUCUGCAGUCUCUGGUCAUCUCCUGUACUGUGUCCGCAGUCUCUGGUCAUCUCC